AUGUCGCCCGAUCAUGGAUCGUCGCGGUCGCGACGAGGAGUUUGGAGUCACUGGGUGCCCCUCGCAGUUACACUUACAGUCGCGACUGUAGGUGUGGCUGCUUGGGUAUGGAGCCAGAGAAAGGACACGGAAGAGGAGGACGACAAUGGUCUUGAUUACAGUAACCAUGCCCGUGGAGGCGACCAUCAAGCAUACGGGUCCCGCGAUGUCGGCUCGCGCGACAUUCAAGGACCGGAGAAACCACCACGACCCGAUGGUCAAAGCCACGGAAUUGCGCAUGCGAACGAAGAUGCAACCGGCGGGGGCUGGGGUUCGCGCGUGACUGGUGCUCUGCGACGAACACCGAGCCCGCAGCAGUUCUUCGACUCGACAGGUAAGACUGUGGCGGCGGGUGUCGCAGCUGCAAGCGCAGCUAUGGGCAAGGCGUUAGCCUCCAUUCGCGAGGAGGACAAGAGCCCCUUUGACGAUAACAACCCCUGGCAAGAGGAAGAAGAAGCUAAGAAUGAACGAGCGCCCGCCGAUACGUCGUCCCAACACAUCGGCGGCACUAGGCGACGCAAGACGGUUGCGAUUGUGGUGUCUGCCGAGACAGGCGCCGUGCCUGAAGAGGAGGAUCCUUUCCAUGAGCACGCUUCCAUCCUCUCCCACAUCCCUCGACACAUCGAUCACUCCAAGGUCAAGCUAUUUGUUCUGAUUUACGCUCCUGGUUUGAAGGAACCCGCCGUGGAUACUGCUAAUAGUAACCUUCCGCCACCUUCGCUAAGCUCCUCAUUUUCUAACAUUGGACACGAUCAAGUUCAAACUCCCGCCGAAGAGUCAAAGAACCAGUUCGAAUCUGGAAGCCCUGCCUUCAACUCAAUUUAUUCACAGGCUCUGGGCUUGGUUGAGAAGGAAACCAUGGUUCUCCCUUUUACUACAUCAAAUGGUCAUGUUCACAUCCUGCGACACCUUCAGCCAGAAGUUAUCUAUCUUCAGAAAGCCCUUUCUGGUCAAGAUGGCAGCAUCAUCACGACUCUCCAGACCUGGCUUCGACAUGACGUCAUUCUGAUUGUUGGUGCAGAUGGUGGUUCUGGAGGUUUGGCAGAUAGUGAAUCCGAGGCUGAGCGAUCUACUAAGACCAAAGAGUGGUGGCAGCGAUCUGAAAGAGUUGGAAGAGGGCGUGGAGUUGUGGUUGUCGAUAGUAUGAGGCUAAAUGACGAUUGGGCGCGUCGAGUUCAGGGACGCCCCGCGGCGCAGCGCGACUUCGUCACGAUGGCGCCUGUUGGACCCAUCGUUCAGCAAAAUGUCGCCCACAAAGUAAAGCGACCUAUACCCCCGGGGAUUCAGACAAACGGCGCGAUGAUAUCCUCAAAAUCGUCACCGUCACCAUCAAUGUCCGCCAAAAAGCCACCACCAAGUGCGAAGCAGCCACCACACUCGGCCAGCGACAGGGCGAUCACAGCAUCAUCCGUUCGACCUAUCAACCGAGCUCGACGAGAAACAGCAUCGCAGAUGCAAGGCCGGCACUCUAGGAACAGUGCUGGUCUGCGAUCAGCGUCUAUGGUAGCAGAUCAAAUAGCCCACGACGCGGAACCUCGACCGUAUGUGGUCACAGAUUCAUAUAUCUUAAAUAAGUUCGCCGGUCAACCUCCUUCCCUGAUCAUCCAUUUACACCCCACCCAUUUUCGAUUCGAUAACCAGGAUGGCAUGUUCUCAUACAAGUCGCCUAUGAAAAUCUUCCUCGAGCAUGUCAAAGCCCGGACCAUCCCACAUGACCUUCUACCAUACUUUAAUGAAGGUGGUGUGUCGUUCUAUGAUGGAUGCCUCAUUGUCCAAAUUCACGAUCACAAGUCGCUUGCCGAAGCCAAGGAUGUUGCCAAACCAAAAUCAGCAAAGGGAUCUGCGGUGUUAUCAUCCAUUCACAACUACAAUCAAUGGCUUACACCGUCCCCCAGUGUUCCUUUUCCUCAGGAGAACUCGUCCACUGUAGACGGGAAGGCAAAGGUGGGCAACACGGUAGAAAAGGAAUACUCCCCUAUGCCGCCCCCUGAGGACCAAAAAGAGAAGUCCAAAAAGCCGCUUGUGUUUACUGUAGUUCUCCAUCAAACACCGGAGAGCUUACAGAUGGAUUUAUUCAUCAAAGCCUCAACCCCUCAAGGAACGAAUGACAUGUCAGGCCAACCUCCUUCAACGCCCAUGUCUCUAAUUCCCCCAACACCGACUACUGCCAACAUGCCACCACCGGCGAAGCGUCAGAAGCGCGAAAAGACGGAACUCGACGGUAGCAAUAUUUACGAGGCAGAAGGUCAAAUUCUGUUGGCCACAAACGCCCCUUUAGUGCUUUCCCCCACAAGGACAAUAGAAGAAAACAUCAUUCUGCUCGAAGCAAUGAGUCACCCCAAGCACUCACAACCUCCUCCACAGCCCAAGACACGCAAGCGAACUCGUGCCGAAAUGGCUGCAGACGAGGCUCAGGCCGCAGGUACAGAACGAUUUAUGCUUAUUGCGGACCCGCGUGCAGCAUCUAGUGCAAAUGGGGCCCAGAAUGGCGGUACAGCAGACGUGGAUGCUUCAACUGGUGCAUCCACGUUCGAGCCAAGAUUUGAGCGGUUCAAGGUUAUCGACGAGAUUAUCGCGAAGCACAACGAAAGAAAGGAACAAGAGAAGGCCAAGCAGCAAGAGGCGGAUAGGAAGCUGCAGCAACAGAGAGCACAAGUGCAGCAAGAGGCUGCUCAGAGCGCCCAGAAGAUGGCCCAGGAGGAUCGAAAUCGCAACGAGGCAGCAGCAGCGAGAGAGAAAUCGAUGCGACAGGCUGAACAACAACGGCAGGCUCAAGCACAAGCACAGGCCCAAGCGCAACAAGCUCGUGUGCAAGCCGCAGCCCAGGCCAACCAGGCCAAUCAAAAUGCUCAGCGGCUCAAUGUUAAUCAACAACAUGCCCAUCCUCAGAACAAUGCCAUCACCAAUGGGGCCAAUAGUGCAAGUGCGGGGACACCUCAGUUGGCCAACAACAUGCCUCCACAAGCCCAACCUCGCUUCCAAGCUCAAAUCUCACAACCGCCAGCAUCUUCUCCAGUGGCUCGACAAGGUACCCCUCAACACAUGUCAUCUCCGAUGGUGGGAAGUGUCCCUAUGCAACAAACCAACUCUGGCAUGGCGAACAGUCCCCCACGACCAUCUUCUGUUGUUCAGAACCCAGCCGCUAUGUCCGUUCCUAUGGCCCACGCCAUGUCUUCAAGGGGCAGCCAGCAGAGCCAUCCCUCUGGUACCCCAAGAAUGCCUCACUCAACACCUAGCAUGAACCAGGGCACGCCUAUCAACAGGCCCACUAUGAUAGGUACUCCCCGCAUGACGCAGGUCAGCCCCCCACCAGCUAUGAUAGCCCAGAACUCGCAACCAGGCCAAGGUAUCAUGAUGAAUAACCAAGGCAUGAACCAGCAAAAUCCUCAUUUUGCUCAACAGCUAGCGCAGCAACGUGCCCUUCAGCAACAGCAGCAACAGCAGCAACAGCAACAGUUGGCAGCGAUGCAAAAUAGCAUCAACAAUGGUAACAUGUCCCAGAUGAGCCCACAACAGCAACAGCAAAUGAUGCAGAUGAUGCAGAGGCAACUCAUUGCUCAGCAACAGGCUCAGCAGCAAGGCAAUAUGAUGAGCCCCCAACAACAACAGCAGCAGCAACAGAUGGCUGCACAGUAUGCUCAGCAAAUGCAAAACAUGUCAGGCAACCAGAUGCGACAAUUCCCACCGCAAAUGCAGGCACAGUUACAACAAAUGAUGCGCUUGAACCAGAUGAACGGCCAGAUGGGCAACAGUCCCAUGCAACGUCAAACCAGCGAGCAGAUGAUGAAUGGCAAUAACAUCAACAUGCAAACGUACCAAGCAAUGCAACAGGCUCAACAGCAACAGGCCCAGCAGCAGCAGCAACAACAACAGCAGCAGCAGCAGCAGCAACAGAGUCAACAUCAAAUGGGUCAAAUGGGUCAAGGAAGCGUCCAAGCCCAAGUUCAGCAGCACGCCAGAAUAGUCUAUCAAAAAAUGGUGGCACAUGCAAUUACCAAGCAUGGGUCAGUGGACAAAAUCCCGCCCGAUCUAAUGUUGAAGAUCAAGACUGCAAGUAUGAACCAAGCCACAAGUGCUGUCCAACAAAAUUUUCAGCGGAGGCAACAGGCCCAACAGCAGCAGCAGCAACAGAUGAUAAUGCAUCAGCAGCAACAGCAUCAGCAGCAGAUGCAACAGAUGCAACAACAGCAGAUGCAGCAGCAACAAAUGCAGCAGCAGAUACAGCAGCAGCAGCAGCAGAUGCAGCAACAACAUUUACAACAGCAACAGCAAAUGCAAGGGAUGAAUGGCAUGAUGGGUGGCCAGGGGAUGUGA